UAGUAUCAUUUAUCACUUCCAAUUAUUGGAAAAGAUUUAAAGUAGACCGGGAGAUCUGCCAAUCUCUCCUAUUGAUCUACGGCUAUUUGGAGCAGCCGUCAAUUUGGGCACUAUCCAGAGAGUUGUAGAAUUGAGGCAUCGGUUUUUUCCCCUUGAAUCGCACUUCAAACAUUUUCCUGGUCGCUUCUCGGAAACAAUGAAAGUCGUAAUAUAAGAAUUUGACAGAAACAUUUCAUUUCAGAAUUAUUAACUUCGAAAAAAUAUUAUAUUUUUCAUCGAUCUGGCAACACCAACAUUUGUUUACAUGUGACGAGCAAGCAUGGUCGUGUACGAAGUGUUUUCACAUUCGGUUCAUACUAAAUAUAAAACAACGAUUUGUUCGAAAGCCACAAUAUAUUAUGUUGUAUCGACAUUUUUCAUGAUAACGUUACCGUUUAUAAUCGCAUACCGAACAGAAGGAUUCUGGAAAAAAAUCGAAUUCUACAGAGAACAACCUCAAGUGAAAUUUAAGCAUGAAUUACUAUUAAUUGUCGAGACUAGUGAAGAUAACUUAUUAUUUUGGAGUUCUUAUCCUCGAUUAAAUGAAAUAACAUAUCAAAAUAUCCGAAUUCCUUUAAUAACUAACAGAGAAGAUGAUGUGAACAGAGAUGGAAAAAAUGACAUACUUAAUAUUAAAUUAGAUGUUCCUGUAACCAGUAAAGAAAAUGUACAUUCCAUAAAAUUGAUGUUAUUCUUUGAAUAUAAACUCCAUUUAUACUCUGAAUUCAUAAUGGAAGGAUUAGCUUACAUUCAUCAUAGUUCACCUUUACCUGGUGCUUCACUUUCUGUUGUUGGAGAUUUGGCGUUAAGUCAGAAGGAACCUCUUAAUCAUAAAGGCCAUGAUGUUAGAUUUAAUACACCUGUCGUUAAUCCUUUGUCAACAAAUAUUGAUGAUUACAGAUUAGAAUCUAUAUUGUCAUCAUAUGCAUCUAGAAGCGUUACUACCUAUUUAAAACAUUCUUAUCCUGUCUGGACAACUGGAAGAGGUGACAAUUCUCCAUUUACAGUAAAUAUUACAAUAUUUUAUCCUGAACAAACAAUUUUAUAUAAAACAGGAUUUUGGCAACUUUUGAAAUGGGGAUGGGCACAAUACAUUCCCAUUUUUCUUGUUUUCUUAUAUAUUUUCCAUCACAUUAACAUUUUUAUAUUCCGAACACAGUUAGUGCCCACCGUAACAGAAAAUUCAGUUCUAAACAAUAAACAUCAGUAGGGAAUAAAUUAAUUUUAUUUAUAAUCAACUGUU